ACAACUACAACUUCCACGUGUGGUAUGUUACCGGAAGUUAAUUGUUUUGUUGGCGCGGCGUUUGUGUGACGGAUUUUUCAUUUUAAAAGCCCAGUUAUCGGUAUUACUCUUGAAAUAGUAACAAGAAGGCCUACAUCCAUCGACACGUCACACCAUGUCGUCAUCAAACCAAGAGCUGCCAAGCUGCCAACGAGAAUGGAAGGCUUCAUCAGCAUCCUCCAUUGCAGGAACUGGAGAUGAUGCAGUCACAGUGAUCUUGUACAACAUCUUGGCAGCCAUCCACAUCAAGCCCAGAGGAUACCCGUUCUGCCCGGCAGGAUUCCGGGAGACGUUGGAGAGGCAUCCCCAGUUGAUGGUUGAACUUCGUCACCAUGAUGAUGCAGACAUCGUGUGCUUGCAAGAGGUAGAGACCGAUUAUUACCACCAGACCUUACUUCCAGAACUUCAAAAGUUAGGAUACCAUGGCGUCCAUCAUCAAAAGGCUUUAGGAAUACGAGAGGGCGUGGCCACCUUCUACCGGUCAGAGAGGUUCAGGAUUGAGAAGCAGGAGACCGGUCACUUUAAAGAUUGGAUAGCUGAGAAACUGGUUGGAGAGCAGAUUGAUGCUGCUCUACGUGAAGCUAUUAAGAGUCGUGCCGAAUAUGAGACGCCAAUCUUGCUUACAUCGUUCACUUGCCUGAAGACUGGGCGGCCUCUCACCGUAGCUAACGUUCACCUGGUAUGGCAGACCCACAUAGUACCUGAUCUCAAUACAUUGCAGGCAGCUUUAGCUCUUCAAAGACUUGACGAGUUCUCAACACAAGAUGGCCCCUGCAUCAUGUGUGGGGAUUUCAACCAUCAGCCCGUCAUGCCUGGGUAUCAGCUCAUCAGAGACGGUUUUCUUGACAACGAGAGUCGGAUGCAUCUCAGAAAAUUUCCACUUUUUUCUGGAGCCGAUGUAAAGCAUGGAAAGGAAUCUUGUUUAGUGGAUAUCCUUCCUAAGUGGUUCUGUCAUAGCUUCAAGCAUUUUAAAAGUUCUUAUGCAGAGAUUCAGGGAGAAGAACCGCCAUUCACUUGCUACACAGAUAACUAUGGACCACAGUGGAUAGAGGAUUACACAAAACACAACAGAUUGGAUGGAUUUCUAGAAGAGUCGGAAGAAUCGUCAGACCCCCCAACACCGAGGCACUUUCCUCUGAAGGUCAUGGAUUCAAGUCUCAACAGCAGCAUUGCCCCUCCCUGCCACAUACAGACCUUGGAUUACAUCUGGUAUACAGCAGAGAAGCUCCAUUGCCUAGGAGUGGAGGAGGUCGUCAAGAAAGAAGAGAUUGCCCCCUACUGGGCAUGUCCCAACCAAGUCUUUCCCUCUGAUCAUUUGUUGAUGAAAGCAAAAUUUGCUUUUUGUGGUUUGUAACAGAAAACAGUCGCUAAAUUGUGCUAUAUUUUUGUAUUGAAUAUUGGUUCAGAUUGAAUACUAAUAUUGUAAUGAUGCUCUAUAUUUAAACUGUCUUAGAUAUUGUAAGCAAAAUUUUACUUUUUUUAUGAUGAGAUGUACAGUAAGUCCAUGAAUGGUCUUCCUCAUUGAUACAAUGAGCAGAACAAAGAUAAAGUGAAUAGAAGGGUUUCCUUUCACAUGGGUAGACAAUCCUCUAAAUAAAUGAAGUGCAGUCUGCAAUGUUGAAACACUGGCUAUGUGGUUUGCGGAAUGGCUUCUCAAAACCAAAGAGUCAGAGUUUCCGAAAACAUGAAAACUUGUAAUAAAAUAAUGAUAAAGGAAAUCACAUCAAAAUCGCUUUAUCUAAACCAAUGGGAAAACUCACAAUUGGUCAAAACAGACUGCUUUUUAGUGAGUCCAUGCGCAUUGUUAAAAUACAAGUAAAAUGAACACAAUAACAUUAACAAACAAAUAUAGAACAAAUUCAAAUAUCUACAUGUACAAACAAAUAUUUGAAAAAAACUGGAAAUGACAAAAACAAAUCAAAUUAUCCAGGCAUGACAUGCGCCUGUGAGGUUGACCAGCCUGCCUGUUUCAUUUUGUGUCUAGCAAAUUGUCAAGAAUAUAAUUAGACUUACAAUUUGUACCAAGCCAUAAUGCAUACUUUCCUUCCAUCCUUGGUGAAAGCAGUAAAGGUAAUCUUACCAUCUGCUUUCCAAGUCUUCUUCUUUUUUAAACAUUCACAUUGUCACAAAAGAUAAUCUCAAAAUAAAUACAUAUUUCUCUUCAAUGAUACAGACAUGAUGGAAUGAAGCAGAACAUCUCAUAAAAUAAAAUUCAGUAAGAUUUCAAUUAUACUAUACAGAUACCAUUCCAUAUUUUCUUAUGUAGUUCAAAACAGAUAUUAUGCAUUCUGUUUUUUUCUAAUUGUAUUAGAGAAAAUAGGAAGGAUUUAAAUUAAUAUUUUUAUUUAAGUCCAAGUCUACUUGACAUUGUCAAGGGUCCUUUCCUUGAACAGGAAAUGUGAUCUGUAAGCUGUCAAGACCUCCUGUAAGAAGAACUACUGUUUGCGAUCAGCUUCCGUAUGCACAUUGGCGGGAUAUGCCAAAGAUUUCCUGUUUUAUUUUCAUGAAUGUGUCGAUGUAAGGGGAAGAUAUUCUACCUUCGCGAAUGCUUGGGUCAUAAUAGACUAGCUUGUGACAUUACCAUUAAAUCACAAAAUAUAUUGCUCACCUUUCCACUCCAGAUUGGCAGGAUUACGAAAGCCCUGAGCAAUUGAUCUAGUCUUGGACAAGCUUAUAUAGGGUGGUGAUGUAAUUUAUUCAACUUCCAAUUCCUUUAUCACGUUUAGCUGCAUUCAAUAUUAUAUAUAUUACAUGGGUCGCCCUAACAGUGGUACUUGUCUGGUCAGUCGGCGGUCAUUUUGGUCAAGGUCAGUCAACAGGCAACAUAAUGAUAACAAAUGUAGACCUUCCAAUGAAACAAUAUUAAGUAGAAGGUUGGAAUCUUAGAUAAAACAACUAAGCAGAUUUUGACAAGUAUACAAACUAAAUAAAAGAUGGCUAGUGCAAUCUACGAAUUUGUUGCAAAUAAAUUACGCAGAUGCACAUUAUUUAAAGUAUUAAAAACAAUUAACUACAUGUAAUUACUACAACACUAUUUUCUCUUACACACUCACUCACAAAGUUGGAACCACAAUGUUUCACUUACCCAACGCGCCUGAUGUGUUCAAAUUUAAAAGCAGCGGAGCAUUAGAAUUAUCAAAGAAAAAAAGAAGGAAAGUCGAAAAUUCAGAUUUCAGAGUCAAAUUUAAAUUUAUCUGGAUCAUAAGUGAAGUUACGGUAAGGCGUUGAUGUCCUCAUCAUGGUCCUGGGUGCAUGCUGUCCGUCGAUUUCAUGGGCGUAAAUUGUUUGUCGAUCUCCUGGGUGACAUCCGUCAAUGUCUAGCUGGGUGUUGCAUCCAACGUGGUUUGCCGUUGGCGUAGACGUCCAUGUCAAGGGUGUUGUCCAUUACUUUCAUAAUGCGAUGUCGUCGGUCGAGCUUCAAGAAGGAAGAUGAGCUACAUGUAUAGGUUGAAGUCUACGUCGCCAUGCAUGUUGUCGUCGUUGAUUAAUUUUGUGUCAUGUUUAGUGUCGUUUUCAGCAGAAAAACCGAGAGAUAUAAAUGUUCACUUCAAUUCCUGGUCCUCACAAUAAGUAGAAGGAAUAAAAUUCUAUAAAAUCAGGUUCUCCACCAUGUCGUGUUUGGGAUCGGUGUGUUAAGUUAUUGGAAUAUUGAGAGGUACAUAAAAUAAAGAGAUGCUGAGACUUUCUUUGAAGUGUAAUAUGCAAGAGUAUAAUUUAUUAUAACUCUAAAA